CCUGAAACUCUCUUGAGUCAUGCUGGGAAGCACAAACAGCAAAGCCAGAUCAUUUAGCGCUCAACAGCCUCUAUGCACCCGCAAGCACCAGAUCGGAGCCCUCCUCCUCGUCGCCACCACCGUCUUCUUCACCAAGCUCCUCGACCGCUCCUCUCUCCCCUGCUCCUCCGCCGAUCCCGUCGCCUCCACCACUUCACAUCACUCCUCCGUCCGCGUCACCACCGGCGGUGACCUCCUCUGGCCUAACCGCGGGUACGGCGCCGUCGUCGACCUCAAGAUUUACGUCUACGAUGAGCGCGAGAUCGACGCCCUCAAGGCCUUGAUGUACGGCAGAGAUGGCGCCAUUGCAUCCAGCUCUUGCUUGAAAGGCCAGUGGGGCACUCAGGUGAAAAUACACAAGCUACUGCAAGAAUCGAGUUUCCGGACGAGGAAGAAAGAGGAGGCGGACCUGUUUUUUGUGCCGACGUAUACAAAAUGUGUGAGAAUGCUGGGUGGUCUUAAUGAUAAAGAGAUUAACCAGACUUAUGUGAAGGUGUUGAGUCAAAUGCCAUAUUUCAGGCGAUCUGGUGGUCGUGACCAUAUUUUUGUAUUUCCAAGUGGAGCUGGUGCGCAUUUAUUUAGGUCAUGGGCAAAAUUCAUAAAUCGCUCCAUUAUUCUUACCCCCGAGGGUGAUCGGACUGAUAAGAAAGAUACAAGUGCGUUUAAUACGUGGAAAGAUAUUAUCAUUCCUGGGAAUGUUGAUGAUGGGAUGACUACAAAUGGUGCCAACCUUGUCCACCCUUUGCCACUAUCGAAGCGGAAGUAUCUUGCAAACUAUUUAGGUCGUGCACAAGGAAAGGCUGGUCGCCUCAAGUUGAUAGAGCUUUCUAAGAAGUAUGCAGAUAAGUUGGAAUGUCCAGAGUUGAAGUUCAGUGGCCCUGAUAAAUUGGGAAAGAUAGAUUAUUUUGAACACCUGCGCAACGCCAAGUUCUGCCUUGCUCCACGUGGAGAGUCAUCUUGGACUCUUCGGUUUUAUGAGUCUUUCUUUGUGGAAUGUGUCCCAGUGAUAUUAUCGGAUGAAGUAGAACUUCCUUUCCAGAAUGUUGUUGAUUACUCCCAGAUAUCGAUUAAAUGGCCAUCGAGUCGAAUAGGACCUGAGCUUUUGCAGUACCUAGAGUCAAUACCAGAUGAAAUAAUAGAGGGAAUGAUAAGCCGCGGCAGACAAGUGAGAUGUUUAUUUGCCUAUGCUUCAGAAUCGGCAUCAUGUUCUGCAAUGCGUGCAAUUUUGUGGGAACUUCAGAGAAAAGUCAGGUUGUUUCACCAAUCAACGGAAACAUUCUGGCUGCAUGAUGGAUCUAUUGUAAAUAGAAACUUAGUCAAGUUCUCUGAUUGGAGGCCUCCAAUGCCUUUGCCUUGAGUACGCAACACUAGUGCCUUCAUCAUUUUCUUUUUCAACAACGUUAAUUUUUGUUGUAUAUUGUUUAUUCAUUUUUUUUAUCCUUAGUGAGGUAUCCCAGUGAUCCCAUGUUGUAAUUGUAGAACAACAUCCGAAAAUAAUAUUGCAAAAUAUAUUUAAAACAUAAUGAAAUUUUGUUGGUGUGCCUAAUUUGUUAGAU